AUGCCCGCGAAAUUCUUCUUCGAUGCGGCUAGCGACGACGAGCUCGAGCUAAUAGACCACGAAGAAGAGAGUGGUGAUGAAUCUGCAGAGGAAGACGAAGCAGAGGAGCAUAAAGGUCUAGCGGAAGCUGAAGAAGACGACGAUGGAGAAGAGGAGGAUGACGGCGACAGAGAAGAAGAAGAAGAAGAAGAAGAAGAUGAUGAUGAUGAUGAAGAAGAUGAGAAGGCUGCCGCGAAACGAAGUGCUGAUGCCCAAUCUCCUUGGAAUUUUUCAUCUUAUUCAAGCUCCGUUGGGGAAGAACACGCCCGCCGACACACAACGUCUCUCGACGAGAAGAUCUCCAAGCACCGUUCACUUCCCAUCUCCGUAGAUGAAGAAGAAGAAGAAGAAGAAGAAGACGAAGAUGAUGAUGAAGAUGCCUCCAAUGCUGAACCCGACAAACAAGAAGAAUAUCUCUCGGAAGACGACGAUGCAGCUGAUUUGAAAGCAGAAGAUGUUGCUGCCAAGCCGUUUUUCUCUACUUCGGAUGGAGUCUCGUAUCAUGCCGAUACUUUCAUUGAGCUCAACCUCUCUCGUCCACUGCUUCGAGCUUGCGAAACGCUUGGAUACAAGAAACCUACCCCGAUUCAGGCAGCAUGUAUACCUUCAGCACUUGGAGGGCGUGAUCUUUGCGCCAGUGCCAUCACUGGAUCAGGGAAGACUGCUGCAUUCGCUUUACCUACUCUUGAGAGGUUGAUACACCGUCCCAAGCGAGUCUCUGCUACAAGAGUUCUUAUUCUCACUCCAACUAGGGAGUUGGCUGUCCAGAUUCACAGUAUGAUUCAGAAUCUUGCACAGUUUACUGAUAUCAAAUGUGGAUUGAUCGUGGGAGGGCUUUCUUUAAGGGAGCAAGAGGUGGUUCUGAGGUCUUUGCCAGAUAUUGUUGUGGCUACUCCUGGACGUAUGAUAGAUCAUUUGCGUAAUUCUAUGUCUGUCGAUUUGGAUGAUCUAGCGGUUUUAAUUCUUGAUGAGGCAGAUCGCCUUCUACAGACUGGGUUUGCCACUGAAAUACGAGAACUGGUUCGCUUAUGUCCCAGGAAUAGACAAACAAUGCUCUUCUCAGCUACAAUGACUGAAGAAGUUAAAGAGCUUGUCAAACUCUCCUUGAACAAACCGAUGCGUAUCUCAGCUGAUCCGUCAGCUAGAAGGCCACCAGGCCUGACUGAGGAGGUGGUAAGAAUACGCAGGACUCGAGAGGCAAAUCAGGAAGCUGUUCUUCUUUCAUUGUGCACGAGAACUUUUAAAUCAAAAGUCAUCAUCUUUAGUGGAACAAAACAAGCUGCACAUAGACUGAAAAUUUUAUUCGGACUAGCUGGCCUUAAAGCUGCUGAGCUUCAUGGAAACCUAACCCAGUCACAACGUCUUGAUUCUCUGGAACUUUUCAGAAAGCAAGAGGUUGAUUUUCUCAUUGCCACCGAUGUGGCUGCUCGAGGGCUUGACAUCAUUGGUGUCCAAACAGUUAUAAAUUAUGCAUGUCCUCGGGAAAUUGACAGUUACGUUCACAGAGUCGGUAGAACAGCUAGGGCUGGAAGGGAAGGUUAUGCUGUAACGUUUGUGACUGACAGUGACCGAUCUCUUUUGAAAGUCAUUGCAAAGAAGGUGGGUUCAAAGUUAAAGAGCCGAAUCAUCCCAGAGCAUUCAAUCGCCAAGUGGUCUCAGAUAAUCGAUGAAAUGGAGGAUCAAUACUCUGCUGUUAUUCGAGAAGAGAGGGAAGAGCGAGCUCUAAGGAAAGUUGAAAUGGAAUUUGCAAAGGCGGAGAACAUGAUUGCGCACAGAGAUGAAAUAUAUGCACGACCAAAAAGGACUUGGUUCAUGACAGAGAAGGAGAAGAAGCUCGUGGCCCAAGCUGAAAAGGAUUCUGCAGGGAACCCUUCUGGAAACGAGCUAAUUAGUGCUGAUAGAGCAGAGGACCUCAAGAUGAAGGAGAAGAGAAAACGCGAACGCGAGAAGAAUCUUCCGAGGAAAAAACGUAGAAAGCUUGAAGCUGCCAGAGAGAUGCUAGAGGAUAACGAUGGAGAAGAAGAGGAAGAAGAAGAAGGAGAAGAGGAAAGGCGAGGAAGAUCAAGAGGGAAGGACAAGAAGAAGAAAGAACCAGAGAAGCAAGGACUGACACUAAAGGAUCUGGGCUACCGUCGAGCAAAGGCCGUAAAAGCAAAACAGAGAGCAAUCGAUUCGGGCAAGAUGGAGAGGCCAGCGCCGAACAAGAAACAAAACCUAAACCGGAGUAAACCAAGAAACCAGCCUCGAAAGGAAGAGAUGAAAGAUCUGUUCAAGAGUGAUAUGAGCGAGAAGAAAGAAGGCAGAGGCGGAGGCGGCGGCGCCGCUGCAAAACCUCGGACGAAGUCGAAGAACUCGUUCAAGAGCAAAGCCAGGUAA